CGGAGAGAAAUCUUCAUCCCCCUGCUAGUGGGGCUUGGACUUGCCCUCUCCCUGGGUGCCAGAGGUGCUGCGACUGCUGCCAUUGUACAGACCCAUCACCUGGCAGGAAAUUUUAGAGACAAGCUCAACCAGGCAAUGGCAUCCAUGACUGACAGCCUUGAGUCUCUCCAACGACAGAUGAACUCUCUUGCCGGGGUUGUGCUCCAAAACAGAAAAGCACUAGACCUAAUAACUGCUGAACACGGGGGGACUUGUAUAGUAUUGGGAAAAGAAUGCUGCUUUUUUGUAAAUGAGUCAAAUAUUGUCAUGGCUAAUGUUAAUACUCUCAAAAAACUUCGUAAUGACCUGCUUUCAAGAUUUCAGCCCACCGAACAAUUAAGUUGGUUUAGUAACCACUUAUUUUCCUGGCUCUUACCCUCUGUUAGCCCCCUGAUUAUGCUGUGUGUUUUGAUGCUUGCUCCCUGUUUCAUACAAUUUCUUCGUUGACAAAUUACUACCAAUCAGGUCAUGGUCCAUUAUCAGACUUUGGAUUCUCCUGAUAUGGAUGAAUUGGCUCUUAAAGCUUGUGAUGACGCCUCUCCAUUUUAAAACAAAAUAGGGGGAGAUGUUGGGGGGACCCUGCCCUUUAAGGUCACAGUCUAUCAUGUCCAGAUAGCUCCCCGAGCUUGGUGCAAAAUGGAGGACUCCCUUUCUCAGCAGGGGCUUCCUACUCUCUGCCUGACCUUAUUUGGAAAGUGUCUAAAAGCACAGAUGCCUGGCCUUAUUUGGAACAUGACCUUUGACAUAGUUACCUGCAAGAGCUGCCUGUAGGUUUUUUCCUGUGUGAUAAUUAGGCAUUGCACUACAGCCAGUCAAUCCCAUCUCCCCUUUCUACAUGAUAGGGUCCUCCUACCACAUGCAAAUAAAGCAUACUAUGAACACCUAUCAGGUGAAGCUUUGGCCGCUGUCUUCACCCUAUAUUUUCCCCCGACCCCCUGAAUAAACAAGCUGUCUCACUGAAGCUGACUCCCGGAAGGUUUCUUCCAUCAU